AUGUCAACACCACCGGCCAAGAGAGCGAGAGUUGCGAUCACCGCUAGCUUGAAGAAAAAGAUUUGUCAGCGUAAAGUGGAAUACCGACUCUCUUCUCUUCGCUUUGUUAUGCGAAUGGAUAAACUUUUAAAAAGUAAACCAAUCCACAUCAAUGGUAAUUUUUGUUUUCCAAUUUUUCUUUCAGCAUUCCUUACAUAUUCAAAAGGGAAUCCAUGCGAAAACUACUCUCCCCUCCCGCUUCCUUAUGACCGUUACGUCACAAUUAACAUCAGCGGGUCAGAGGUCAGCGUUUUACAUGACAGGCACCUAGAGAGGGCGUGGUACAGGGCGGGCCACGCCCUAGAUAUGGCGACUACGGCCCCGUCUCUUCUACAGUGUGGUACUACUUUCCCUGUUUGGAUGAACGGAAGUAUUCCGGACAUAUCCGACGGGGAGGCAAGUAGAAGAGCGUGUAUCCUUGGUAACAACAUCGGGAACUUUUGUGUUCAUCAUCUGGAAAUCAGGGUGAAAAACUGCGGAUCCUACAGGGUGUAUUACCUUCCCCCAACGCCCAGCAAUGACGAGGCAUAUUGUUUUGGAAGAAACAAGGCGGAAAUUGACAAUGACAACAAAACUAGUAGCCAAACAAAUACAACCAGGGUUCCGACAACAAACUCUCCAACCACAAGUAGGCCAGGUUCUGGGAACGUGACCAGUGUACCGACCUCUGACCCCUGCUAUAAAUACUCUCCCCUCCCUAACGCCUACGAUCGUUACUACUACAACGUGAUCAAUGGAUCCUCGGGGAGCGUGCUACAUGACCGCCACCUGCCGGAGGGCUGGUACAGGGCGGGGGUCUCACUGGACAUGCCCAACAUUGCCCCCUCCCACCUGUAUUGUGGAACCUAUUUUCCAGUCUGGAUGGAUGGAAAUAUUCCAAACAUAUCAGAAGGUAUAGUGGAGCGAAAAGUAUGUUUCCUUGGUAACCUGGCUGGUAAUUUCUGUGUCCAUCAUUUACAAAUCCAAGUGAAGAACUGUGGAGACUACAGAGUGUAUUACCUGUACCCCACUCCCAGUAAUGACGAGGCUUACUGUUUCGGUAUGGACAAAACAGAAUUAGACGAUGACGAAACGACAGAUUCUCCUUCCACUACAAGAGUCUCAACAACCAUAAGUAGGCCAGGUUCUGGGAACGUGACCAGUGUACCGACCUCUGACCCCUGCUAUAAAUACUCUCCCCUCCCUAACGCCUACGACCGUUUCUACUACAACGUGAUCAAUGGAUCCUCGGGGAGCGUGCUACAUGACCGCCACCUGCCGGAGGGCUGGUACAGGGCGGGGGUCUCACUGGACAUGCCCAACAUCGCCCCCUCCCACCUGUAUUGUGGGACCUAUUUUCCCAUUUGGAUGAAUGGAAAUAUUCCAAACACAUUGGAAGGGAUAGUGGAGCGAAAAGUAUGUUUCCUUGGUAACCAGGCUGGUAAUUUCUGUGUCCAUCAUUUACAAAUCCAAGUGAAGAACUGUGGAGACUACAGAGUGUAUUACCUGUACCCCACUCCCAGUAAUGACGAGGCCUACUGUUUCGGAAUGGACAAACCAGAACCAACCCCGGCACCAACUAGUCCAGCUACUGGUGGUCCCCCACCUAGUGUCCAAGUCGAGCCGUGCCUGAAUUACACUGUUCUCCCACACUACGAGUACCGAUACAUACAGAACACAGUGAACGAGAACAGCUCCAUCAUCCACGACAGGAACCUGAUAGAACGGUGGUACAGGGCCGGGAAUCUAGACAUGCCCAACUUUGUAUCCAACCUGUUCCAUUGUGGUACCAUAUACCCAGGAUACAUGACAGGUUUGAUACCGAAUGUUACGACCGGCAUUGUUAACAGAACAGUGUGUUUCCUCGGGGGAGAUGACAACUGGUGCUACCAUAGUAUUCUGAUCAAGGUGAAGAACUGUGGUUCUUACCGAGUCUAUCUGCUGAAACCAACACUAACAAACACCUCGGCCUACUGCUUCGGUUCCAAUCCUAACUACGACAUUUCAACAACAACAACGUUGCCUCCCUCGCCGGUUACUACUGAUGAGGAUGAGAGUACAGAAAAUACGGAUUCAAUGGAACCUACAUCUCAAACACCUAUCAAUACAACUUUAGAUCAAAAUUCAAGCACAUCCAGUUCGUGGACUUUUAAUCAGUCUCUCAGCACUACUUCUUUCAUACCAUACACAUCAACUGUACAGCCUUCGGCAUCUACUUCAGCUAAUGUAACAGUUAGACCCUCAGCAUCGACUACAGAAUCUCAACAGUCCACUUCGUUAACUCAUCCAGCUAAUGAGACACAGCGACCUACAACUACCUCAACAACUAAACUACCUACGUCAUCGAGUAAUCCAGAAACAACAGAGGAGCCUGAGCUACCUGUAUCAUCAACAACAGCUAAUGGCACACACCAGCCAGCUACAACCCUUUCUCCACAACAGCCUUUAUCUUCUACUACAAUUACAUACACCCACCUACCGACGACUUUAGCCGCCAAUGGCACACAGCAGUCCACCACAACUCUUGCGACUCAGCUACCAACAUCGUCGACAACAGCAUCUAAUACUCAACACCCAUCAACUACUUUAGACAUGAAUAAACCAACAACUGUCAACACAACACAACAACCGACGACAACAACUGUGGCCACCCAAGAUCAACAGUCUACUUCUUCUAGCAUUAAAACGUCAAUGAUGACCACAACGCUACAACCUCAGCCUGACACAACCUCUACAUCUGUCGGACCACAACAAUCAACACCUUUAACGAAUGGCACGCAACAGCCAAUAACACCAACAUCACCAAGCUCCACGCAACAACAUUCCACAACAACACUUGCACCCCAGCUUCCUCAAUCUUCUACUAUAGUCAAUGGUACGCAACAACCUACAACAACUGUAUCAACCGAUGGAUCUACAACAUCAAUCAAUGAUACACAGCUACCAACGAGAACUACGCAAUCCCAAUCAUCAACAAUUGUGAAUACAAACACGUCAGCCAGUACCUCGACUCAACCACCUACAGCAUUCAGCAAUGCUACACAUCAGGCUAUAACAACUCAACAACCAACACUAUCCACCAACACCACACAUCAGGCAAUAACAACAGUUAAGUCAACUUCAAAAACUCCAAUUAUAUCAACCUCAGCAUCGAUUAACGUUACACAGUUGCCAUCAACAACCACUCUGGAAACUCAUAAACCUAAUUCUACAACCUCUUCUGUGGUAACACAAGAACCUACGUCAACAACAAUUUAUUCAACCUUAAAACCCACCACACCAAUUAACAGCACUCAUCAACCAUUAACGUCAACUUCUGCUACCGAUACAUAUCAAUCUACAACAACAUCAAUGGAGCCAUCGGUUAACAAAAGCACAACAGUGUAUUCUACUGUGUCCUUCUCAUCUACAACUCCAGUUUCUGUAAACAGAACUGAAACAUCAACUCUUAAAACAGAUUAUCCUACCAACACAACAACUGCAAGUUCGCCACCGACAAGUAUCAAUGUGACUACAACACUAUCAACGUCAACCUCAAGAAACGCUACAAAUGAGUUUGUGCCCGUAAACACUACAUACACAAUUGCUGUGAAUCUUACUACAUCAACACCAUUUACUGUAUAUCCAAAUGCAACAAAUCCUCAAGAACCUGCAAAAACAACGUCGACUUUGUUACCAUUCACAACUACAGACAUUUACAAUCCCUGCGUGGACUACACAAAUCUAACGGAUAUUGUAAAAAGAUAUCACACCAAUCAAAUUCCGGCAAACUCUAACGAGUCCCUCUCUGACCAUAGCUUGCUUUUCGGCUGGUAUGGAACAGGGUCGCAUGAUCUAUUAACAAUGAGGGCCCUAAGAUAUCACUGCGGAACUAAAGAUCCUAUUUGGAUUGAUGGAAGCAUACCGAGCGUUGAUGAAGGCGUGGUUGAUAGAAGGGCCUGUGUCGUUGAUGACUGGAUCUGCGGGACGUCUAUCGCCAUUAGAAUUCGUAACUGUGGCAAUUAUCGUGUGUAUCAACUAAGACCAACAAUAGUCGACAGUGCAUACUGCAUUUAUGAUACCAGCGAUCCAACAACAGCUAGACCUACAACACUUAAUCCACUACCUUCAACUCCACUGUCGUCUCCUACUCCUGUUCCAACAAUUACCGACGCUGAGGUAGAAAUCCAUUUGGUCCCUGAGGGCAUUAGUGAAGCAUUCCAAGCACGCUGCGUAUUCAAUGCCACCAACGCCGGGAGUGUUCGAUUUAACGUCUCCUGGUAUUUCGACGGUGUGUUUUAUUCUUCUCUGUCGGAAUCGCUGGAAGAUAUCCAGAGAACAUAUAUUUAUCUCCAAAGGGACAACUUCAAAACUCUAGGAAGGAAUAUAUCAUGCGCAGUGCAUAUGUUGAAUAACGGCGGGUCAAUCAUUGAAUCCAGGCAAAGUCAGGAAAAGUUUCUCGGAAUAAAGAUUCUCACACCUGUUGUGGCGUUCAAACGUGGGGAGGAGGGAAAGAUCAAAAUACAACUUACAGUACCGAUCGGUUGUCUGCAAUUGGUUAGUCAGUGUGACGUCAUUCUCGCCAUGAUGGACCAAUCAGAAGAUCAGUGCACAGGCGCCGCUGUAUCCGGCCAAAGAGACUGUGGAAUUUCCCUGAAAAGUAAAGAAUGGAGCAGGAUUUACGAGAUUCCCGUAGGAGCUAUAGAAGAGGAAGGACACGAGUAUUCGGCGACUUAUGAAGUGGUCCUACGGACGGACGCUCACUUCCAUCAGCCGAUAUGGGGGCUGUAUGAGUUACCCCCGGUGAAGAUUGUGAUCGAGGAGGGCAGUGACAGGGAGUGGUCCAAGAAAUACUGUAGGGCGGUCAAUGACCCUCACCUGUUGACCUUUGAUCAAAGACCAUAUGAUGUACACUUGGCUGGGGAUUUUAUCAUGUAUCAACAUCAAACGGCCCCUAUUCAGGUUCAAGCACGGUUUAAGCCAUGUCGUGGUAACUCUGGACCUCACUGCACGUGUGGCGUGGCGGUUCAAGUAGGGAAGGAUGUCUUUGUGAUUGACAGGUGUCAAUCAGGUCGAAAGAGGCGGAGAAUGAUGUACACUUCCUGUAUGGACCGUACUUUGGAAGUCAGGAAAAGACAUGAUUACUUAUAUAACUUGUAUACACCCUAUGGUACUAGAAUUCAAGUCAACCUCCGGGGGAAAACAUACAUGAAUCUACAAAUCUACCCCGCCAUUCGAGAUGUCGGACGAACCCGAGGACUGUGCGGAACACUAUCCAAUGAAUGUGCGGACGAUUUCUUCCUUCGGGACGGAAGUUAUUUGAAUCAUGCCAAUGCAAACAAAACGUGUGGAAAUUUCAGAUGGUCGGAUUAUAGGUGGCAGCCAGACACCUUCUCCCAGUCCUGGAAGGUUUCUGGGAACGAGAGUUUGUUCGAGGAUUUCGACCCUAGUAACGCUGAGUGGCCACAGGAGCGGUAUCUGUGUGUCUGCAAGAAGAACGUCAUCAAGAUGAGAAUCGAUGGGCGUGGCACGCCAGACUGCUCCUCCAGUGUCGUGUCUAACUGCACCAGACGGCGCGAAAAGGUGGUGGCCAUGGGCGGAGGAUGCGAGGUCAAAAGGUCGUCAUCCAAGUUUGAGUUCAACCGCCCUAAUAUGAAAAGAGUCAAAAGAGAAGAACCAAGGGACAGACGAAUAAAAAUUGAUGAUUUACGAACAAGAACUCUGACCAGAAUUGAAAACGCAACUUCAUUUUGCCGGGAGCAAAUGUUCAAAUCUAACGCCUUUGGUCUGUGUAACAAUAUACCGAAUGUCAACACAGACGAUGCCGUGGAAACCUGUGCCUUGGACAUUGAGUUGACUAAUGGCUCUCUAGAAUGGGUGGACAAUCCAAAGGAGGCGUUGAUAGACCGUUGUAUAUCAGAACUACGGGUGAACGCAACACUGAACGCAGAGAGCAACAACACUGAGUCUGUCGCCGACAAAAUACUCAGCAUCGCAUGCCCCAACAACUGCAGCAACAUAGGAUCUUGUGUAAAUGGUACUUGCACUUGCCCGCCCCUCUUUGGAGCCACGGACUGCUCUCUGAAUGUUACUAUUCCACCGGAGAUAUUGGGCAUUGAGGGUGAUGGUAUCUGUGACGUCAGUCAAAUGUCAUGUGACCAGAUCCUCGUAGCAGGUGACGACUUCACCGAAACAGAAACGUACCACUGCAAGAUAGACGUCACUCAUGUUUUGUUUGAGGGAGGUACGACGUCUGCCGGAGAGGAACGCAUUAAUGGAGACGUACAGACACUGAUGUCUGUUUCCUGUCCAGUUCCCAGUAAAAGGAAGUUCACGUCUCGCAUCUCUUUGAAAAUGGGUCCAGUAUUUGUUCGGACGUUUAACGUGUCUGUGAGUAGCGACGGGGAAACAUUCAGCGAAUCUUUCGAGUUAUACGAGUACAAUUCUACCUUCCAAGAACUUGGGCAGACUGCAGAUGGAAGACCACAAUUUACCUUAAAGAGUGGCUAUUGCUUCAUUGACGAGCGUGGAAUUCCCGACGGUUGGUCGAGCCCGACUGAUAAUUGUCAAGCUUGCAAUUCUUCCUUGGAUCUCCUUCAGUGGAGUCCAGUUAAUACCAUAGAGUGUGAGGUUGUCCGAGUGCCUGUCUCCAGCUCCAGCUUUGACACGGACCAGUUGUACUGGCUGCUGGCAGUGACCCUGGUCAUCAUCGCCAUUGUCAUCGUGGUCGUCUGCCAGCAGCGGUGUCGGCGGGUCCAUCUUAAAAAGAAAAGUUCCUAUGACGUAUCUUCGGAAUCUUCAGCGGCUGACAUGGAGCUUCACAACCAAAUGUUUUUCUAAACUCGUGGACAAUACAAUUAAACUAUAUACUGUCCUUGGAAGGACAUUGUGCUCAAAAGACUCACUUUAAAUUAUCAACUUUUCUCAGGAAGAUCUUGUUUAUAAUAAUUAAAAUCUGAGAAUGUUUGAUUUGAUGCUUUUGCUGUAAAUACAUCAAUAUAGAUACUGGUUAGCAAAUUUGAGGGCUUUUUGUUAAAUGACGUAAGAUAUUGAAGUAAUGGUCAAUUAAAUAUAUAUUAGAUAA